AUGACCGGAGGAUUUAAAUUGCUUACUUCAGGCCUUGCUGCUAUAGAAAAACUAAACUUGGUUGGACUCUUUUCGGGAAAAAUGAUCCCAUCAGAGAAGAAAAGUAAACUGGAACUUCAAGAAGAAGCAAGAGAUCAUUUCUUGUCUACUGUAAAGGUGAACGAAGAGGGGCGUUUUCAAGUCAGCUUGCCAUGGCUUGAUAACCAUCUACCGUUAAAAGAUAACUAUGACUUAGCUGUAAAGAGAUUAGCUUCUACAGUAAAACGACUAAAAGCUGAGAAACUUUAUGAUGCUUAUGGAGAAGUUUUUAGUGAAUGGGAACAAGAAGGCAUCAUAGAAGAAGUACCAAAAAGCGAAAUUGAUGUAACAUGCCAUUAUCUACCACAUCGACACGUAGUAAAAGAAAACAGUACUACACGAAUCAGGCCAGUGUUUGAUGCCUCGGCCAAACAAAAAGGAUCCCCUAGUCUCAAUGAUUGUCUAGAAAAAGGUCAGAACCUUAUCGAACUGAUUCCUUCAAUUCUUCAUAGAUUCCGAAUGAACAGAAUAGGAGUUUCUGCAGAUAUACGAAAAGCAUUCUUACAAAUAAGUCUCAACCCUAAGGAUAAAGACUAUCUAAGAUUCUUAUGGUAUAGAACUGAUGGAAAACUGAAGUAUUACAGGCAUUGUAGGGUAGUAUUUGGAGUUACAAGCAGCCCUUUCUUGCUAGUUUCUGUAAUUCACCAUCUUCUAGAAUCCACUUUGAAACAACUAAAUGGAAACCCAAAGUAUAAAGUGGAUAUUAUUGAGCAAUUGAAGAAGAGCUUUUAUGUAGAUAAUUUGUCUGGAAAGAAUGAGAAUACCAAGAUGGUUAAACUGUGUGAUCGUGAGAUUGAAAAUAUCUCACUUCAUUUCUUCAGUGAUGCGAGUAAACUUGCAUAUUCAGCUGUGGCCUUUGUUCGAGUACAAACAAGAGAUUCGGUUCAAGUUCAUUUGGUGCAAGCUAAAGCGAGAGUUGCACCCAGCGGAAGGAAAAAGACAACAAUAGCUCGAUUGGAACUUCUUGGAGCUACAAUAUGUGCACGUUUAGCAUCCAGCAUAAUACCUGAAUUUCAAGCUGAUGAUAUUUAUUUUUGGACAGAUUCGUCUACUGUGCUAGCUUGGAUACAGAGAAAUGAAGUAUGGGACGUAUUUGUUCACAACAGAAUUAAGGAAAUAAAGCAACUGACUUCUAUUGAAUCUUGGAGAUGGUGGGAAGGACCUAAAUGGCUAUAUUUAUCACCAGAAAAAUGGCCAAAAGAAGAUUUUAGUGCUGAUGAAGAAGAAAUAGCUCUUGAGAAAAAGAAAAGGAUUAUUUCGUCCUUAAUAAAUCUUAAUGCUAGUGAAAUAGUUGCUACUAGAUUCUCAAGUUAUCGUAAGACAAUCAGACUGGUAGCGUGGAUGUGUCGUUUUGUUUACAACUGUAAACAUCAAAACAAGAAAAAGGAUGAACUUACUGUAUCUGAGUUAAAUGAAGCAAGCAGAGAAUAUCUUGAUUCGUUUAAUACAAAAUGA